ACGAUGAAAAUGACAUUUGUUUCAUCGAACCCGUUUUAUUUUAAAGGCAACAAUUAACUUUGUUGUUAUUUAAUAUAACUCAGAUUUGGCUUUUCUUAGCUGAUUGCCGCUGGGCAUGGCAUCUUUCGAACAUUGGCCCUCGGACACGAUCGUUAAAUUAAUUUAUACUUUCUUGCACCAGCUUGAAGAUAUAGUAGCAAAGAUGAUGAAGAUAACAAUGUAGGAAUGCAAAAUUGUCCCUAAAACAGCAAUCGCAGAUAAGAAAAAACAGCGCAGACUAAUAAAAAUUAUGAUCUUGGGAAAUCCAACAUAAAAAAACAAGGACAAGAAAAAAAGUGACAAUAACAUAAUAAAAGUAGCCAUAUGAAUCGUAAACAGUUGUAAUUGACCAUGGAAAUAUUUCAAACAAAGAUGGGAGAUAUAUUACGACGAGCCCGAUGAACAAAACUCUUUAAGACUUCAGCAUCAUUAUUCAUGGGAAAUUAUGGACGAAGAAUUGACGCUUGAACGUAUGAAAUAAUAUGCCAAAUGGAAAAGUCUAACCAACUAGAUUUUGAGAGAAGAUAAGAUUUUAUCUAAAAGCGUCAUUAAUCUUUAAAAAUUUCCUUAAUUUUGUAGUGCUGUGGAGUAUAUAAACGUAUGAACAAAGCACUUCCUUACUUCAUUUGACAAAUCUAACAAUUCAUUCGAAUAGUCGUCUACAAUGAUUGCGAAAAUUACUUUAGUGUUAUUGAUCAAUUUUGUGAUUGCCUACUCGGCGCCCGCUGGUGUUGAUUUGGAAAAUGUAAGCAAAUUAUCCAAUCAGGUGUUGCAAAAAGGCCAAGAAAACUUCGAACGAGGAAAAAAGACCGUAAAAGAUGUCGUGAAACAAGGCCAGAAAGGAUUUGAACAAGAAAAAGAGACGGUAGCAGAUGCUGUGAAACAAGGCCAAAAAGAACUCGAACAAGGAAGAAAGACCGUAGAAAAUACCGUGAAACAAGGUCAAAAAGGACUCGAACAAGGAAAAAAGACGGUAGAAGAUGCUAGGAAACACGGCCAAACAGAGCUUGAUCAAGCAAACAAAAUGGGAAGUGAUACUUUGCAACAAGGCCAGAAAUACGCGGAAGGUGCUGUUAAACAAGGACAACAAAUGUUUGGCGACAUCGGCCAAGUAUUCAGCGAUGGUAUCAAGCAAGGUCAGAAAGCUUUUGGCGACGCAGCUGGAAACGUUGGCCACGGCGUCAACGGAAGCAUGCGGGAAGGCCAAAAGAUGAUUGGGAAUGGAAUAAAAUCAGGCCAAGAUGCUUUUCAGCAGGGACAGAAAGUGUUCAGUAACGCUAGCAAGCAGAGCUUGGACUUAUUCAGCAGUGGAAUCAGUGCUUUUACUAAUAUUUUUGGAGAUGUCUCCAAAAAUUCGCAGUAAACUAAAGAAAUAAAGUAACUAAUGAACGACGUAAUUCGUCUAAUUUUUGUGUAAAAUUAACAUAUAUGUUAUUGCCCAGAAGAUGGAACAAUAAUUACAGAGUAUUUUUUAGUAAAGAUAUUCGUACAACAUUUUAUAUCUACUAAUACUGUAAAAUUCAGAUAAAAUCUGUUCACACAGCAAUCUCGUUCUUACAUAUAAGAAUAACCAUAUGAAUGGUUUUAUCAUACGAACCUAAUUAACAAAGUGCAACAUGUGUUAAGAAAUAAGAAAUAUAAAAGUCAAUAUUUUUUUAUUCGUAAACAUAACUUUUAUUAGGAAAUUCAUUAAAAAAAUUAAAAAAACUAUAUUUUACACAUUAGUACACUUACAUAUAAAUAUAAUACUCACAGCCAUAGACCUAGUUUAGAGUGAUUACGAGUUCUUAUUUUAGUCUAUUGCCGAAUUCAAGCCUUAAUCUUACGUGACGUAGAUAAAUUUGAAUGUUGAAUACAUAAACAUAAGAUUACAGUUUGAUGUAAGAAUUGAAUAUAAGCAUUAAUAAUAUUUUUUUGAAAUUGAGAUCAAUUCAAUUUAUCAAAAUUCCAACACUAUAAUGGUAACGGAGCUCGUUAAAAUAAUUUUAACUAAUGAUUUUCCAUUAAAAUGUGAAUAUUGGCUCAUUAGACAUUAAAAUAAGUUUUAUAUAAAGCAUAAGCUUGCCGUAGAACCGGGAUAUUGCAUAUCUUAAGGCACCAGAACCUUGUAAAUAUCGUAACUGUUAAAGCAUCUAAUACCAUAUUUGAAAGUAUAAUUUUUUAAAUGCGACUCGAAAUAUAAAAAUUAUGAAUUAAAAAUCAAAUUAAUUAGUUAAAAGUUGAUUCCAUUCGUAUAAGCAUCCAUAUAAUUUCCCAUGCUAAUAUUUAGUUUUAAGAAACGAAUCUUGGGUGUAUGUAUUAUAUUUCAGUUUAUCAUUCCAACUUGCAAAGUGAUUAGAUAUUCUUCAACAAAACUGCAUAUAAUUGCGAAGAAUUAUUUAAUAUCGCUUGACCUAAAAAAAAUCAGAAUUGUUUUGACCUUGUUGCAUACCGAAAAUGAUAUUAGUUUUACUAGGAUUUAUUUUAACAUGAAAACAAAAUUCAAACAUAUGACUUCUUUCAAUAACUGUCGAAUGAUUUCACGAAUGAGCAAAUAAUGAUUGGAAAAGGAAGGAAAAGUAGAGAAAAAUAGAAAAAAAUGUUUAGAAUCGCACGGACAAUGCUUCCAUUUCAUGUAUCUCCAAUAUAAUCUGUAUGAAAAAACUUACAAGCUAUCAAUUUGGAGAACGUUGUUAAAAAUGUGAACGAUUAUUUUUUGUACUUUGUCGAAUAAGCAAUCGAAAAUAAUAUUCAGAAUAUUUUAAUAUUCGAUCAGUAGACGUAAUAUUUUUUAAUAUAAUUAAAGGACUUUCAGUACUUUAUUAUACUGUACAUUACGUUUGACAAACAUUAUUAAUCCAUAUAUGCCGUUCGAGCAUAAAUAAACAAAUAAUAUCCGUGUUUAUAACUUAUCUGACAUGUGCCGCACUCGUUUAUUUGAUUUAUAGUAAUAGGAUGACUGUUUCAACUAAGAAUCAUGAAUAUUUUAUAAAGUAAACGAGAACAACGAGAUCAAUCAACUCAAAAAUCAUCAUGACCAAAAAAAAAGCAUGGAAACAUUGUUGUAUAAAAAAAUCAAUAAUCAUAAUAUCAUGGACGUCAUAAAAUUAAUGUUGACCAUGGCGCUAUGAACAUCAUGGAUAUCCUAAAAAAUAACGAUAUUUACUAAGGUUGUAUAUUAGAAAGCAAUGUCGGUUCCGGUCAAAGUAAGUCAUUAUGAACAACAGCUAAUUCUAAACAUGUGCAUAAAGAAACGAGGAAACGAACAAAAUAAUGUUCAAUACCACAGUUGUGGAUGUGGGAUCCAUAAUAGACAGAAUCCCAGUUCACUGCUAUUAUCUUAGUCAUAAAAUGAAUAGACGGAAAAGGUUAUUACAAAAAUUGUAUAUCGAAUAAUCAAUGCCCGAAAUAUAUUUAGAUUUUUAAAAAUUGCCAAUACUGCGUUUAUUUAACU